AAACUUACAAAUCACAACAUAAGAGGUCGUUUAUUGUACGAACUUGAAAUCAGUUUCUUGCACGCACUUAUAUAUAUAUAUAUAUAUGCGUUUGGGCGUAUAAAAGAUGAAAGUAAAGUUCACUUCCUAUUAAGAAAUCCGGUGUUUUAAGUGUAAAAACACACCUCAAUUACUGACAGCAAAAAUGUUAGAAUAAUGGCAACAACAAUUCUACGUGGUUACAUUGUUUAAUAUAAAUCGAAAUGUAGCAUUUACAAUAGUCUACUAGAUUUAAAAAGUAUUUGAAAUGGAACAUUGAAUACGAAUUAACAAGUAUAUUCUAUUACAUUCCCGUAUAUAAUUAAUUGCUGGCAUUUUACGAAGUGACGAUAAAAGACAACACUUUAUUUUAUUCAAAGAUUUAAAGAAUGUUGUAUUGUUGUUAAUUUUUUUAUUUGUUUCAAUUAAUUUACAUUUUUAAUAAUUUUUUCAAGAUUUAUUUUGUAGAUAUAUGUAUGUGACGGAAUAUAAUACUUAUAUAUAAUAGACAAUCCCAUUAAAAUACAAAACCAAACAUAAACAUGUGCGUGAUUUAUAAAUGAAAUCAUUAUUUGCAUAGAAGAAAACAGCUGUCAUUUGGUGUAAAAACAUUAUAGUAGUCAUACAAACAUGUGACUCGUAUUUAUAUCGAUAUGUAUGUCAAACAAGAGAAGGAACUAAAUUUAUUUGUUACUUCAAUGCAUUAACACUUAACAAUCAUGUCUCCUACACGCUGUGUUGCACUAUUGUUAGUUUCCUUACUUGGUGCGAGUUUAAUUGCUAUCGUAUCCCCUUCUACACAAUCGCAGCAACCAAAUAUCUUACUUAUUCUGGCUGACGACUAUGGGUUUAACGAUAUAGGGUACCAUGGCUCGGAAAUACAAACUCCGAAUCUGGAUAAAUUGGCUGGAGAAGGUGUCAAGCUUGAAAACUAUUAUGUCCAGCCCAUUUGUACCCCAACACGGAGUCAACUUAUGUCCGGAAGAUAUCAAAUUCACACUGGACUACAACACUCUAUUAUUUGGCCACAGCAACCAAACUGCCUGCCUCUUGAUAGCCCCACUCUAGCAGAUAAAAUGCGAGAGAGUGGCUAUUCUACCCAUAUUGUGGGUAAAUGGCAUCUGGGAUUUUAUAAAAAAGAAUGUCUUCCAACUAACAGGGGUUUUGAUUCUUAUUUUGGUUAUUUAACUGGUUCUGAAGACUAUUACACCCAUAGACACUGCGACGGAUUCUGUGGCUUUGAUCUGCGAAACAACCUGGAACCUGUAAGAAACAACACGGAAUAUUCUGCAUUUUUGUUUGCCAAAAAAGCAAUCAAUGUCAUUGAAAACCACGACAGCUCUAAGCCACUUUUCCUCUACGUCCCCUUCCAGUCUGUCCAUGCCCCUCUCCAGGUACCAGACAAAUACAUUGCACCUUAUAGUCACAUCAAAGACAAGAAUAGACGAGUUUAUGCAGGAAUGACAGCUUGCAUGGAUGAAGCCAUUGGCAAUAUUACCAACGCUAUGAAGAAGAAAGGCUUAUGGAAUAACACUGUCCUGGUUUUCUCCACAGAUAAUGGAGGUCAAAUUCUGGAAGGGGGCAACAACUGGCCCCUUCGAGGGUGGAAGGGGUCUCUUUGGGAAGGUGGACUUCAUGGUGUUGGUUUUGUUACCAGUGAGUUACUGAAAACCAAAGGAACCAGCUCCAAAGCCUUAAUACAUGUCUCAGACUGGUUCCCAACAUUGGUCAAAUUGGCUGGAGGUUUUUUGAAUGGGACCAAACCCCUCGAUGGCUUUGACCAGUGGUCAACUAUCAGUGAAGGUACCCCUAGUGCCCGCAAAGAGCUUCUUCACAACAUCGACCCUUUACACAAACCUAAAGGACAAUCUCAUUUCCCCGAUAUAUUUGACACCCGUAUAAGAGCUGCUCUUAGAUAUGGAGACUGGAAAAUUAUCACCGGGAAUCCAGGUAACGACAAAUGGAUUCCACCACCACACCUGAAUUUACCUACCUUUUCCAAAGCGACUCCUUUAAAAAAUAUCUGGUUAUUCAAUAUCACAGCCGACCCGAAUGAGUACUAUGACGUUUCACUUGAAAACCUUAAUGUUGUGGAGUUCAUGCUUACUCGCUUGGCCCUCUAUAAUGCUACAGCUGUGAAGCCUCGAUUUCCGAAUGGAGAUCCAGCUUCUAAUCCCAAUUUCCACGGAGGUUUCUGGGGCCCAUGGCAGUAAUUUUUAAGAUAAUUACAGAUUUUAUAUUUUCCUUUCAUCUUAAUUAAAAUAGGUUAAAGUACGUUCAUAAUUGUAUCACAACACCAAAAGGAUAGAAGAAGACUACAUACCUCAUGUGUAACAUUUAACCAUUUAACAAUACAGUGGCAUUUUGUACAACUACAUACACACACACACACACGCACACACACACACACACACACACACAUAUAUAGAUAUAUAUAUAUA